AUGCCAAGGAAGCGAGCAGUGAAGAGCCCAGAGCCAGAGGAAGAUCCUCUGGGGAGUAAGAAGAUUAAAGUCUGCCACCCCUCCCACCGCACACAGCCCGGGCUGGUGCUGACGCUGGGGCAGGGCGAUGUCGGCCAGCUGGGCCUGGGUGAGGAUGUGAUGGAGAGGAAGAAGCCAGCCCUGGUGUCACUGCCGGAGCUGACGGUGCAGGCAGAAGCAGGAGGGAUGCACACUGUGUGCCUGAGCCAGAGCGGCAAGAUCUACACUUUUGGCUGCAAUGAUGAAGGUGCCCUGGGCCGAGACACCUCCGCAGAAGGGUCGGAGAUGCGUCCGGGGCUGGUGGAGCUGCAGGAGAAGGUGGUGCAGGUGUCUGCAGGGGACAGCCACACGGCAGCACUGACAGAGGACGGCAGAGUCUUUGUCUGGGGCUCCUUCAGGGACAACAAUGGAGUCAUUGGGCUGCUGGAGCCCAUGCAGACCAGCUCCAUGCCUGUGCCGCUGCAGCUCCCUGCACCUGUCGUUAAGGUUGCCUCAGGGAAUGACCACUUGGUGAUGCUGACAGUGGAUGGUGACCUCUUCACGUGCGGCUGUGGCGAGCAGGGCCAGCUGGGCAGGGUGCCAGAGGUGUUUGCCAACCGAGGGGGAAGGAAAGGGCUGCAGCGCCUGCUGCAGCCGCAGCGAGUGCCAGUGCAGGGCAGGGGCGGCCGGGGCCGGAUGCGCUUCCAGGAUGCCUUCUGCGGAGCCUACUUCACCUUCGCCGUCUCGCGCCAGGGGCAGGUCUAUGGCUUCGGCCUCUCCAACUACCACCAGCUGGGUACCCAGGGCACCGAGCCCUGCUUCUCCCCACAGAACCUGACCUGCUUCAAGAACUCCACCAAGUCCUGGGUGGCCUUCUCUGGUGGGCAGCACCACACAGUCUGCGUUGACUCCGAGGGCAGGGCCUACAGCCUGGGCAGGGCUGAGUAUGGGCGGCUGGGGCUGGGCACGGGGGCACAGGAGCGCAGCAGCCCCACGGCCAUCGCGGAGCUGCCCAGCGUCGCCUCCGUGGCCUGCGGCGCAUCAGUUGGCUACGCUGUCAGCACUGACGGACGAGCCUUUGCCUGGGGCAUGGGCACCAACUAUCAGCUGGGCACAGGGGAGGAGGAGGACGUCUGGAGCCCAGUGGAGAUGACAGGCAAGCAGCUGGAGAACCGCUGGGUGCUGGCAGUGUCGAGCGGAGGACAGCACACGGUGCUGCUAGUCAGGGACAGGCAGCAGAGCUGA